AUAACAAAUAGGUUGGUAUGAUAGACAUGCAAUAGACUCAAAGCUGAGAGCAGAAAUGGAUGUUGGCUCAAAUACAGGUGCAUCAAAAGCACAUCAUCACAAUGGAUCCGCAUUCAAAGAGGUAAACCUUCAAUCAUCAUCCUGGCUCGAACAAACAUUAUCCCAAUCAAAAACGCAUGGAUUGUCUUAUAUAGACGUUGAACCGUUCCUACAAGAUGACUUUGAUCCUCAAGAGUAUGCCAAUAGCAUCAUUGAAGCGCCAAAUGCUUCACAGAUAAAUCGUCGAAAAGGAAAUGCGUCAGCAAAGACCGAUUCAUCAGAUAGUUCUACUACAUCAAGAGAGCUGGCAGCGAACUGGCUGCCGCAAUCAGGUCGUGUUGAAGGUGACUUGAGUGUCGCUCUUGGUCGAUUGAAUGUCGCGAUCGAUGAUGUUGACAGAUUGGUUCGGGAAGAGGUAACGCAGAAUGCCAGCACAUUAUUAAAACAUACCACCACUCUCCUCGAUCUUAGACCGACAUUGAAUAUACUAACGGCAUCGCUAGACACUUUGGACAACCAUCAAGCAAAACUUGUAGCCAAAAUUAGUGCUCCACAACAGGUUUUGGAAGAGCAAACGGUUCGACUGGCGAAGAUGCGUACAGCACAAUCUACUGUAAAACAAUCUCAACGUCUUGUCAGACUAUUGCGCAGAUUACAAAGCCAAAUGCAAGAAUUGGGUAUCUCAAAGGAUGAAAGGAAGGGUGGAGAAGCAAAAGGUCAACUGGAUCGAUUAGGAGAGGAAGAUGGAGAAGAUAUUUCGAAUCAACAAUCAACUGCAAUCGAUGAUGUGAUUGAUGCCGACCUAGACGAAUCUGCUGGAAGAGGUCUGAGCAGAGCUGCAAUGACUGUGGCGGAGAUCUUGUCAAUGCUGUACGGAAGUACUUCACAAGAUGGAAAAGACCACGCCAUACAGGCGGAGGAAAAUGGCGAAGAGAAAGAAGACUCCAAACAAUCAUUACUUGAGCUUGAUUUUGUUCAAGAAUGUUUGCCAAUGAUCGAAGAGGCACGCGAAAGGGUCACAGAUAUGAUGGAGGAUAUGAUCGUUCGAGGAUUGCGAGAUCUUGCGCCUACUUUAUUAAGCACUUCAUUGCAAACCGCUUACAAUUUAGGUCAUCUGACUGAUCUUGUGCGAGAUUUGCUGGCCGAUCUGACAGACGUCGUUCGUGAUCGUGUGCAUGCAGCGUUCGACAUGCAAUCUCUGGCACGUGAAAUUGGAUCAAAAGAACCCCAAAGUCAACAAAGCACAUCGUAUCGUGCUCGAAGAGGUGGAGAUUACUCGACAGCUUUGCAUCAAAGAUGGACGAAUGCUAUCUGGACGAGGCUAGAAACUUUGAUAAUAGGAGAAAUGGGAGCGGUGUGCAGCAAGGUAUAUACUCUCGAGCGUGUUUUGAGUCUCAAGAAUGACACUUCAGCAGGAGUGAAUUAUUUGGAAAAGGCAAUGAAAGUCUUAGGGGAUAAACCUAGCGCAAUGUUCUGGUCAACAUUGGGGAAUGCAAUCGAAGAAGAGAUCAAUCAAUCACAAUCGCAGUUCAUGAUCCAAACUCUUGAACAAUCGUAUCCUAGAUUGUUGCGCAUCUUUCAAGAAUUCUAUGCAAAGGUAUCCGUAUACACUGGCACUUCUUAUACGCAUUCUCAUCAAAGCCCCGAAACAUUGGUCAUCUUGCGAUCGCUUGCCCGUUUUGAAGACACAUUCCUUUCCCGAUGCUCAUCCCGAUUUGAUACGUUGUUGAACACUUCAUUUACCGUCAAACAACUACCCGGACCGAAAGAAGCAGCAACUUUGGCCAAACUUGCAUUGAACGAAUUGGACAAUGCACGUUUGGAUCCUCUUUUGUUGCAUGCUAUCGGCAAAAUUGUUUGCGAUUGGCUAGCAAGAGGUGCACGUCGGAUUGAAGAUUUGGUGGUACAAGAUGCAAGUGUUCAAUCAUUGCAAUCUUUGCAUCCAUCUCAUUCGCGUAAUGCAUCAUUGACUGGAGCAGCAUAUCAAUUACAGCUCGGUCUACAAAGAAUUGCCGAUCAAGGCCCGACGGAGUACAAAGAACGAGUCACAGACUUACAGAAGCAAGUUCGUCUGAUGAGCGAGAACCGAUUGAUCGAACCUAUACUGCAAACCGUGUUGAAAGAAAUUUCUGACGUGAUGGCAAGGAUGCAAUAUGUGGAUUUCAGUUUGAGCCGUGAUGCCGUAAGCGGAAGUGGAAGUGCUUACAUGGCCGAUCUGAGCGAUAGGAUGUGGUUUUUACGUGAACAACUGUUUGUUCAGUAUGAUGUUCCUACAAGUGAAUGGCUGGUAAAGAUUGCAAAACAUGCUCUCUAUGCAUUCGUUGCCAAUGCAUCACUCAUACGACCGUUGGAAGAAGGCGGAAAGUUGAAAUUGACUUCUGAUAUGACUGAAUUGGAAUUUUCAAUUUCUCAACUUCUUGCAAGCGCACAUCAAGUCACAAAGCCGCUAUCGAUGAACGAUUGUGGUACAGAGUUCCAUGCGUUACGAAGUUUCAGGCAUCUCUUAUUCACGGAUGUGACAAAAUGGGAUCCGGUAGAAGAAUUACGAGCAGGUUUGCCGCCACUAGCUGCGGCCCACCAUAUCAUUGCAAGAUCACGUUCGAUCGCAUUACCGAACGAAUUGCAUAAAUGGUCACGAAUCGAAUAUUUACGUUGGCUUCAAUCUCAUUCUCAACAAGAGGGUAUGCAAUUGAUCAAAGGUUCUCUUGAAGAAUGGAAAGCAAAGAGGAAAGAAGAGAACAAUGAAGAAGAUGAAGUGUUUAUGAAAUGCGUUGAACGUAUUUUGUCAUUUGUUGGCGAACAAUCAAAGAAGACGCUUGAAUUGUAAUAUUUACAAUGUACAUUAUUUGCAUAACCAUCAU